CUGCUGAAUUCCUCGCGACCGCUCUACACCGACCACACCACCGAUUAAAUUCAAACGCCUCAACCCGGCUGCUUGUAUUCUUGUUUACUGGUGAACUCUGUCUACUGACAUUCGAUAGGCGCUGUAUCUAUUCCGGCAGUGUUGCAGCACGCAAAAAUGUCUACUCUCCCAAGUAAUCUGCAGACCAGCAGUGACCCUCCGAUCCUUCCCAAGCCCUUCAACGCAAACCAGCCGGAGACGAUCCGUCUGCAUCCGUUCUCGAGCAAUGAGAUCUCGACAAAGUCACCACAGCCCGAAGAGGACGCCUCAGUGGAGGAGCGCCUAAACAGACUACGCACAUUCUACAAGGAGCAUGGGAUGAGGCGUUUCGCUGAGGCGGUCAUGCUGUGUCACGAGCAUAAUCACCCACACGUCAUGCUCCUUCAGAUUGCGAAUUCGUUCUAUAAGCUACCGGGGAAUUGGCUCAAGCAUGAUGAGGAAGAGAUUGAAGGUGUGCAGCGCAUACUGGACGAGCUAUUCGAACCUGAUAAUUCCCCACCCAGCGAAACAAAAUGGGAAAUCGGAGACGCGGUUGGUCAGUGGUGGCGGCCGAACUUUGAGACGAGUCUCUACCCAUAUAUUCCUGCACACGUAACCAGACCGAAGGAGUGUAAGAAGAUGUACCUCAUACCCUUACCGCAGAGGAAGGUAAUUGCAGUCCCGAAGAACCUUAAAUUUCUCGCCAUUCCCUUUCACGAGCUAUACGAGAACGCUUCGACCUACGGCCCUCAGCUGGCUGCGCUUCCACAUUAUCUGGCAAAGUACAGGUUUGAGUACGUUGACGAAAACGGCAAUGUGGUGGCCAUCACACCUGGAGGUGUACCUCAGGAUGGCGACAGGACAACUUUAGAAGAUCCUCGAUACUACCAUGGAGGUUCCAAUGGCACGAAUGGUGUCACAGCAGAAGAUACAGAAAUGAAAUGAAGCGGUUGUAAAGUUAUGUCGAUUGUUUGCAAGAUAUGUUUAUGGCCGCACGAGAUAAUACACAAAAUAGCUCGCAAUUCAGAUUUUGGGACUAGAUACCAGCUAUAGAAUCAGAGCGCUAUAGCACAACUAAAAUUUUAUUCGCGAUUACAAUCAC